UCCUCUCGAGAGCUCAGCGCCGUAGUUGUUGUUGUGGUAUGUAAUAAUGGCGGCAUCAGGAGGCGGAUUACCAGCCUCGGUUGCUGUAGCGGGCAUAAACACCUCCGCUUCCGUUCGCUGUCGUUUCCCGGGUCGACCAUGGAUGUCUCGGAGCCUGGUAAAGACGGAGAAACGUUCUCAUGUCGGUCGGGAGAGGGGUGAAGAUAGGAAAGGGCCAAGGCCUGUCGACGUUGAAGCUACGCUCAGAGAGGAUCCGUCACUGUCUCGGCUGCUUUUGCUGGCGGAAAAGCACAAGCGGCAGAGCGAGGCGGGAUUCUGUACGAGCGGGAGCGAUGAGGAUGGAGACUUUACUGGCUUUAAAGUGGACAACCGAUGGUCCUCACAUUCUGGCAAAGGUUCAUCAAGCAGUACCCUUAAACCGGGAUCCUCACAGGUGAAGCCUGUUCAAGCGCCAGCAGAAGUAAAAGCUCCAGAAAAAUCAUCUGACAAACCCAUGAGGAAUAACAGAAAUGUUUCCAAAACUGACCAAACAUUCACAAGGCCCAAAAUGGUUAUAAAAAUUACAGCAAAAAAGUUGACCAAGAAAGAAACGGAGCAACAUUUAAGUCAAGGCAGCUCAAGGAAGUCAAACGGCAGAAUACUUAGGAGCCAGCAGGAUGCAAAAUCUGUGUCCUCACAUGCAGCAGAUAAUAAAAGUGCAGCGACGGAAGAGGAGAACAUUACUGGAACAUUACAAAGUCAAAGCUCUGGUGAAACAGAAAGACGGAGAAGGCGGGGAAGGCGGGGCAAGGUAGUGUGGACUACAGCAUUGGUAAAAAGAAAAAAGAGAGCUUCUCGACUUCGAUCCAACAAAGACCAAAGCUCUCCGGCAGAAAAUGCGGAGACACUUGAAGUUAACCACAGGAGGAGGAGAAAGGAGAUUGGUGCUAGUGGACAAGAAGGUACUGUAUCCCCAAAACAAGUGAAAAAAAAGAAGAGGAUCCCAAAGGGUGCCUCUCUAGAAUCACGUAGUAUACAGCAACAAAAAAUACAUGACAGUCUAGGACAGGACAGCAUGCAUAGAAAGAGACGGCGACUUGGCCACAAAAACUCGGACUCUAUAUGCCAUACAUUGCAACCGGUAGAGGAACAGAAACAGCCAAUUGGAGAGAUUGAGAAAUCCACUUCGGCAGGCCAGACAGAACUAAUAAAUGUCUCCGCCAAACCAGUUGUUACUGCUCGUUCUUCUCGGGUCAUCAGGCUUCCAAAAAGGUUCAUGGAUGAUGAAAGCAUGUCUGCCCUCCCAGAAAGAGGAUCCCCAAAGAAGACAGCGCUGUCUGAAAUCCCGAUGGAAACUGGCAAACUAAAUAUAGAGAUUUCCCAAUCCCAUGAUUUUGCAGUCAAGCAGAAGACUUUGGAAGAGCCGCAGAUCUUGAAGAAUGCUGAGAUGAGUAUUUUGAAAGAGUUGAAAUCUCAGCGAGGCAGACCUGUUUUGAGUUCCGCGAGGGUCGCUGGUGGUCCUCGUGGGAGGGGUGGGAGAAUUAGCCAAUCCAACGACUACAAGAUAUACUGGAAGUUAAAGAAGCUCAACGCAAGCCUGGCUCGACGAAAGAUGCAGCGCAUCGCCAGUGCUAGUAACAGACUAGACGGUAAAGAUGCUGUGAAGAUGGAGACCCACGAUACGGAAGAAACUGUGGAAUCAGGAAGGAGAAAAAUUCAGGACGUGUGUUCUCCAGGGUUGGUGCCAAAAGUAGUCAUACGUAUUGGAGUACGUUCUGAUCAGUCUCCGCUUUCAUAUUUGGCCGAGGGGUGUGACCCAGCUAAAGAGAAUGUUGAGGCUGGCAACCUUGAAGGCACCAAUGAACAGAUGGAAGCUAGUGGACAUAACACCCAGAUGAUGGUGGGGCCCAGUGGUACCACCCACAGAAUUAAUCUUUCGGGUGCCAAUAAGAGGAUGUUCCACCUGCUGAAGAGAGCCAAAGUCCAACUGAUUAAAAUCGACCAGCAGAAACAGCUGAAAUCUAAUCAGCUUCUGUCCAGCUCUGCCAGAGUAAGAGAAGGAUUGGUAGCAGGCAGGGGGAGAGGCAGGGGCAGGGGGAGAGGCAGGGGCAGGGGGAGAGGCAGGGGCAGAAGGAAGCACAUAGUCACGGACGACGCAGAAGAGGCUCUACAGGAGAAUUUGAUCGGUGGUCCUCGUAUAAAGCAUGUAUGUCGCGCAGCGGCGGUGGCACUGGGUCAGCCCCGUGCCAUGGUUCCAGAUGACAUUCCCAGACUUAGCGCUCUUCCACUGCAUGAGAGAGAGGGGAUCACCUCCUCACCUGCUGAAGAGGAUGUUGCAUCUCACUCAGAACCUGAGAGUGAAGAAUCUGUUGAUCAGAAGCCAUCGUUUAGGCGUAAAUACGAAAGCAUGGGUUUUAGCAGGCGAUUAACUCGCUGCUUCCACUGCAAGGGCUGCACUCAACUGGAGGACUGUGGGAAGUGUGUCUUCUGUCUGGACAAGCCCAAAUUCGGAGGACCCAACAAGAAACGGCAGAGCUGUGUGUUGAAGAAGUGCACACGGAUCGAGAAGAACAAAACGAGGCGAUUUAACAAAGUCCAGAUGAGGCGACAUCGGCCAGCAGUGACCACUGGCACAUACAGCAGCGACGAAGAAAACGAGAAGGAGGGUGGAGAUGAAGGACAGACAUUUAGCCCAACCAGGAGGCAGCCCAGACGACAGGUCACGCCAAUGUCCUACAGAAAACUGCUGGACUAUUACUCCUCUGACACAGAGAGUGUCAGUUCUGAAAAGACAAAGACCAGCGUGACCCAAAAGACUCCAUCCAGUGAAGUGGCUGCCCCUGUAGCUGCCCCUGUAACUGCCCCAGAAGAAACCGCAAAACAGAGAAAGCAGGGAGUUUACAGGGCUUUCUGGGCCCAAAGCAAAACGGAUAAGAGUUCAGCGGAACAAGUGUCAUCCAGUGUUUUGACUCCACUGGCAAACGGCUUCACCCAAAGAGGCGUGAAGUGUCUACAGAGGACGACCAACAAGAUUCGUGUGGACUUCAAGGAAGAUUGUAACAUCCAGAAUGUGUGGUUGAUGGGUGGAUUGAGUAUUCUCACUUCAGUUCCCAUUAUGCCUCAGUCUGUGUGUCUGCUCUGUGCCAGCAAGGGCCAACACGAUAUGAUUUACUGUCAGAUGUGUUGCGAGCCUUUUCACCAUUUCUGUCUGCCUCCGGAUGAUCGGCCGAAGGUGGAGAACAAAGAGAACUGGUGCUGCAGACGCUGCAAGUUCUGCCACGUUUGUGGCCGCAAGAGCAGGCAGGCAAAGCCAGUUUUGCAGUGUAAGAAAUGCAUGAACUGCUACCACCCAGCCUGCUUAGGACCCACCUAUCCCAAACCUGCUAAAAUGAACAUGUCGUGGAUUUGCAUGCUGUGCAUUCGGUGUAAGAGCUGUGGUGUGACGCCAGGGAAAUCCUCAGAUACGCCCUGGAACUACGAACUGGACCUUUGCCCCGACUGUACCAAACUCCACAGUAAAGGUAACUUCUGCACUGUGUGUCUGAAGUGCUAUGAAGAGUUUGACAGCAGCAUGAUGCAGUGUGCCAGGUGUGCCCACUGGGUCCAUCCCAGGUGUGAGGGGCUCACAGACGAUCUCUACGAGAUCUUGAGUCGUCUACGGGGUAAGAGUCUGGUGUUCUCCUGCGCCGCCUGCAGUAAGACAUUCCGCAGUGGUUGGCAGGAAGUGGUUCAGGAAGCUUUGAAGAACGGCCUGCAGAAGAUCAUGAAUGGGUUGAGGAACUGUACGUCCACCCACCUCCUCUUUGUUUGUUCGCAGUGCAAGGCUUGUCCGGAUUUGGUGAUUGUAAAGGAACAGUCUGUCUGUUGUCUGCAUGUUGUGGAGCAGAAGUUAAAGAAGGACCUGUACGCCUCUCUGAAAGCGUUUCAUGAGGAUGUGGUGACAGUCAUAGCGGAUAGACUAAAAAAAGAGGAAUCUUAUCCAGAGGAUCUCAAGCUUACCAGCCAAGCCAAGAUGAACUAUAUAAAGGUAGUACAACAAGUAUUUAGCUGGUUCAGGUGUCAGGACCCUAAAACGUGGAAUAUGCAAGAAUUACCAAGUGGUAUGCUCCCUGAGGCAGUACUUCCCCCAAGUGAUGAACACAGUUAUGCACAAUGGCUCAAAAACCAGGACCGCACCAUUAAAAGACCCGAGGUGGCCCAAGAAACGCCCACAUCAAAAUCACAUGAUCUACAGAACACAAACCCUCCAUCAUUUGUGGACGAAAGGCAGUGCUCUCUCUGCCCGCAGCUUGGAGAUGCCAAACCAAAUGAUGCUGGUAGGCUGCUGUAUAUUGGACAGAAUGAAUGGGCUCACGUGAAUUGCUGCGUGUGGUCGGCUGAGGUGCGGGAUGUCAAAGGGGCAUUGCUGCAUGUUCACAGUGCCGUCACCAGGGGCCGUUUCAUGCGCUGUGAGCGAUGUGGCCAGAAUGGGGCAACAGUGGGAUGCUGUCUUAGCUCGUGUCAGAGUAACUACCACUUCAUGUGUGCUCGUGCCAGCAACUGUGUCUUCCAGACCGACAAGAACGUCUACUGUUACAAACACAGUGACCUCAUCAGUAACAAGAUCGAGCAAGGCAAUAGCUUUGAAGUUCUCAGGAGGGUGUAUGUGGAUUUUGAUGGAAUCAAUCUUCGGAGGAAGUUUUUAACAGGCUUGGACCCAGAAUCGAUAAAUGUGAUGAUUGGAUCUCUACACGUUCAGAAACUUGGUGUUCUGACAGAGCUGUCUGCAAAUUCAGGAAAAUUGUAUCCAGUUGGUUACCAAUGUUCUAGAUGGUAUUGGAGCACCGUCGACCCUCGAAGGCGAUGCCGAUACACUUGUAAAAUCACAGAGAUGCAUCCAUCGUCACGGUGCAUAGCUCCUAACUGCACGCUGGAUCAAGGAGAAAAUCAUACUAUUGUGCACACCCCAAAAGCACACAGUGAUGAGAACGCCACAGACAGUGAGCAUUGUUCACCUGGGCUGUCCCCCACAACCCCCUCCAAGACCAAACAAGACUUAGGGGGAGGAGCUAAGACGUCACAUAGCAGGAGACCAGCAGGAGGAAUGUUCAGACCUUUGCCUUCUCCAGGAAAUGCCAUUUCCACAUCCCAUCAUAUUUUGACCAUCAGUGACCUCGACGAGACACGACGGUCAACGAGGAGGCACUCCACACGCAGUCGAAAUGCCUCUCCUCCCCCUGUGGUCCUGCCCGGCCCGAUGACUCUGCGAUCAGGGGGCGCACUUCACCCUCGGUCACUGUCGUUUAGCCCCCCCGCCUCACCUGUUGGUGCAACCGAGAACCUCAUUAGCGCCACCUCACCUCGACGAAGAGGGAGGCCUCCCUCAUCUCCCUCUAACUCCACCUCAGGGCCCUCACCGCCACGAGCAGCUCUCCGAAGUCUCUCCGCACGGUCUGCCUGCCUCUCUCCACGACAUUUUAAAAUCUCACCACCUGAAAAUGCAGGAGCAGCCGGUGUGCCAAGCCGCAGAAUCUCCGUGAUGGGUGCCACAUCAUCAUCUGAAGAACUGAUUUCAGACGCAGAUGUUGCUGUGGCUUCUGUGCUGAAUGCGAAACUAGAAUUUGAUGAGGCUUUGCUUAAUGAGAAUGUGGCUCUGCACUGUGACACACAAGGUGGUGAGAACGAUGCUGAAGAUGCUUCCAAAUACAGCGCAGACGUGAAGGGCACGUCCUGUCCUGCGACUGCAGAGGGGCAGAUGGGUGUAGACUCGGUCGACGAGGAUGCUGACCAUUACCUAAACUUCUCUCGCACGGUAGUGGUCCGCGAGGCCGCCAAAGACUCUUCACAAGUAGGACAUAAUGUCCAUCCUAACUCAGGGUCCAUCUCACAGCUGGACGGAGCUGAUAAUGAUUCGGAGAGCGACACAAGCGAAGCCAACGCAGAGGGCGAUACUCAGGAAGUAGGGAAUAGUUUUCGUAGUCAGGAUUCUGAGCCAUUGAAGCGUCCAAACAAGGACAGAUCCCUUGGCAACGGGCAGCUAGUUUGCACAAUAUCAUCUGUUGAGAAUCAACGCCCUGGAGCAUCUGGAACCGGACGGCUAGAAGAUCAAGAAUUGUCUUUGGCACAUCUUGUUACAACUGGAGAGGGAGUCUUGUUGGAUAGUGAAUCGACAGAGGACUCAAAAGAGGCGUUUCUCGAUGACACCAGUGGAAAUUUUAUAUCAGCUGAUGGCAGAAUUUUGGACGUGAAGGAAAAUUCUGCUGGUCCUGGAGAAGUGUGCUAUUCCCCUUCCGUGAACAAGAACAAGGUUUUAAAUAAAGCUUCUCCGCCGGCUAUUCCAACCAGUAGCGCUCGAAAUAUUGUGAUCGUCAAGCCGACCACAACUGUGCAAAGACGUUACGUUACCGUACAACCCAGAACUCAACUAUUAAAAGCUAUUAAGAUGGACGUGCUUCCUAAUUCUGUGCCUGUCAGUGUUGUCUCAACGUCUCCUCCAGUGUCUGUUACUCCACUUGCCUCGGUAAUAAAUGGCUUUGGACAAGCCCCAAAGGAAACCGCAAAGAGUCGUACCAUCGCCAUACGCAUCGCGAUGCCGAAACCGGUAACGGAACAGUCUCCGCCGCAGUGUUUACCGGGUACACCCACCUCACCUCAGGUCCUGCUGGUGAACCGUGCUGGACAGAUUCUGGUGAAAAACCCGCAGACCAACACGUACCAAAUACACAGCGCCAAUUCCCCCUCGUAUGCCCACAUCAGCCAGAUCGCCAGGAUAAUCCACAGCGGUAAUAUAAUCCAGCGACCCGUUCCUAAGGUUACAGUCAUACCCGUGCCUCAGGACAGUCUCGCCAAAAGCGCACCGGCACGUAUCAUAUCGUACAGCAGCGGUAAUGGAGCUGCUCAAGCAACCCAAGUGUUGAUCCGCAGCUUACCUCAACAUUACAUCGGAAGCCAGUUGCAAAGUAUCAGUCAGCCGAUAGAGAUGACGGACAGGGUAAUGUCUAGAAACACACGGGAGGGUGGGGAGAAGGAAAUGGCCCAGGCGAUAAUAGACAAGGCGAUGGCAAGUCAUCGAGAAGCGGCAAGUCUUCUGAAUCCUUCUCAGUUCCAAGUGUCUCCCUACCUCAAUGAACAUCUUUCGCCGGAGUCAAGUCAACUGUCUCCGUUUCGUCUGCGGAGUCCGCCGAACAUCUUGGCUAACUCUAGACCUCAGGUCAAGGUUAAGAGAGUGUCAUCGGUGACCGAUCGAAUUGGUGUGAAGAAAUGCAGGACUGACUUUAUAGACCACAUGACCCCUAGUUCGCAAGAAGACUUAAACAGAUCAAACAGGGUUCGAAUGAAGACGCCAAGUGUUAAGGAUGUCCUCGACUUUGACAACCCAGACACUGGAUCUCCCAGACAGCCGCCACAUGAACAAUCCAAGCUGGUUGAACCAGAGAGGAAGACUCCAGAUGAAGUAAAGCCCACCUUACCACAGGCAAGAGAAACAAAAGACGAUGGCAAAGCUCAACUGAUGAGCUCCAGACAGCGUGACGCUUCUGACUGGGCUCCCUAUGCAGGUUGGAGUUCAGAUGAGGAUUCUCCAUCACCUGGCAAACAGGACAAAUAUGUCAAUCAAUAUCAGCCUCAACUGCGCUUUCAGAUAACGAGUGAUGAUGGUUUCUACAUAGAAGCGGACAGCAUUGAUGUGGCAUGGAAGGCAGUGAUUGAUGGUGUUCAGGAGGCACGAACAGGCUGUCGGCUGGAGCAGCUGCCGGUUACGAGGGUGAGCGGCGCCAGGGUUCUUGGCAUCCUUCACGAUGCCGUUCUCUUCCUGUUGGAGCAGCUGCAGGGUGCCGCCCUCUGCAACCAACACCGCUUCCGUUUCCACCAGCACGACAACAUCGAAGAGGAGCUGCCCAUUAACCCCAGUGGAUGUGCCCGCGCUGAGAUCUACGAACGAAAAUCUACUUUUGAUAUGUUCAAUUUCUUGGCGUCGCAGCAUCGCAAGCUUCCCGAGUCUAGGCCGUGUGAUGAUGAAGAGGACGAUAUCAUGCUCAAAUCAAGCAGACGGGGUGCAAGUACAGAGUUACCCGUGGCGAUGAGGUUCCGACACUUGGAGAGAACCUCUAAAGAAGCUGUAGGAGUUUACAGAUCACCUAUUCACGGUCGUGGGCUCUUCUGCAAGAGGAACAUUGAGGCUGGAGAGAUGUUGAUCGAGUAUGCGGGUAAUGUCAUCCGCUCGGUUCUCACGGACAAAAGAGAGAAAUACUACGAUAGUAAGGGUAUCGGCUGUUACAUGUUUCGCAUUGACGAUUUUGAUGUGGUGGAUGCCACCAUGCACGGGAACGCCGCGCGAUUCAUCAACCACUCCUGCGACCCUAACUGCUACUCAAGGGUCAUCAACGUGGAGGGCCAGAAGCACAUCGUAAUCUUCGCCCUGCGCAAGAUUUACCGCGGAGAGGAGCUCACCUACGACUACAAGUUCCCCAUUGAAGAUGCCAGCAGCAAACUGCACUGUAACUGUGGUGCCCGCCGCUGCAGACGCUUUCUUAACUAGAGUCGACUACUGUUUCCACCAUCUAGGUGAAGUUCUGGGAGGGAUGACUCCUAGUUUUUGAAGGAGGGGACCCAUGUGAUAAGUGCUAGAGAUCAGUGUAUUCUGAAGGAACGUAAGGGAAAAAUUAAGAAAAGUGUUUUUGUUCUGCAGAUGGUGUGUAGCGACUUAAGACCACCAGCAUGGCAUGAGUGGUUACCUCGUAUGAGCUGUUUUUAUUUCCUUGAUCAUUUAAACCAUGCUAUUUUAACAUCCGCCUAUGUCCAGUGCUUUAUUCCCAAAUGCAUAUUGCUUCUGGUGGAGAAUUGUGUCCUCAGAACUGCUCACGCUGUUGAGUACCCUUUGUCUUUUGUCUUUAUUCAGCAUGCCUUUCAAUCCUCGCUGGUUAUGCAGUAUAUCUGCAGAAUGGUUUAAAUGAGCUGAGUGAUAUUGUACAGUAGUUUUUAUAGUGGAAGAUACCCUGAAGUUUAUAAAAGGGUGCGAUUAUUUUUGCUACUGAUUCAGAGGAGCUCCAGAGAUGGGUCGUCCUCGACAGCACCUUAAUAAUCUUUGCUCUGUUUCCCAAGAAUUAGCACUGUAUAUAUGAACCAAGGCGUAUGUUUUCGAUAAACAGCUUUUCCACAUGAAAUGGUUUUGUUAACUGUAUAUUUCUCUGUGUGGCUUUUAUAUGAGUGCAAGUGAAUGCAUCACUUACAACCACCUUUUUAGCAGAACAGACCGACGAGAUUAAAUUCCCUUGACUGUGUUUUAAUUUAAGUUAAAUGUUUGCUUCGAACGCUUAUGAAAAUAACAGCACACCAUUUGUAGUAUUGAAAUUUCGCUUCUUUAUGCAUAGAUGUCUGAUACCUUGGAUGUGAGUAGUACGUACCCCAAUUCCCAGAAUCCGUUGUUUUUAUGUUUUUAUAUAUUAAGGCCAGUCUUUUGAAGGUGUUUGUUGUAAUGUCUUGCAUACUUGGAUCACUUGUGCGAUCCCCAUCUUGGAUUAACUUUGAAUCAGAAUAACAUAGUGCACAAGUAUUAAUGGACAUCUGCUAAAACAUACAUAUGUGGGUGUGGCCUACCGUUGUCUGUUUUUGGGUUGACUACCUCAGUAGCUCAGUACACCAGUGACCGCUAGUGAAGUACAAACAAUAGCAAGUAUGCUGGGAUAAUCCCACACUAGCUUUGAUUUUAUGCAACGCGAGUGUACGUCUGUUUGUUAGGUUUUUUUGUUUAUCCUGGAAAUUCCCAGAUCCCUUUUUCCUUGUGCUUUUGUACAGAAUUGUGGUUUAUAAUUAUAAAUGAAGACUGAGGCUUGAAUCCGUCACUUCUCUUGAGGGAGCAGAGUUCAUCCUGCUCAGUCUUUGUAUAUAGUUGUAUACAAGAAUUUCUAAAUCUGUAAAAUUUUCUACGCACUUUUUUAUUUAUGAUGUUAUAUACGUAAUAAAGAUUUAAAAAUGUCUGAAUUAAUUGCCGUCUUGAAUGUUUUAUAUUGUGCAUCUCACUUUGUUGGUAGAAAUAUAUUUACUCACGAUGGUCAAAAAAUACAAUUUGAGCUAUUUUAUGUGAACAUACUAUUAUUUUAAAACCUUAGACAUGUACUGUUUUUAUACACAUCGGCUGAGGAAGUUUAUUGCAAAAUGGAAUUAUCAGCAGGAACAUACAGACUACACGUUUUAAUAUUUACUCUGAUUUACCCGCUACCAAAUUGACUUUACUGUGGACUUGUACUGUUCUCAAAUAGUGCUAUCAGUUAACUGUGUAUUUUACAAUGUAAAUAAGAGUCAGACUUGACUACACCGUAUUAAAAAGAGUCAGACUGUGAGCGAGACCGCACCUCCCACAGUCCUAACAGAUCUGAGUAUUAGCAAAAAGGUAAGCGUUUGUGGGACAAUUGUUUUGUGUUAU